GAUUUAUGUGCAGUCCUUGAUGAGCGUGUUGUUUACGUGAAUUACUGCAUAAUCAAACUCAUGUUCAAUAUACAACAAAGUAGUUCAGAAAUUCAACAUCUUUUAAAAUGGUAGAUGAAACUAGUUAUCAUGAAAAAAUUGAGCAGUCGAAACAGCUGGUCGAGCAUGCCUUCAAAUCUUAUAAGCAAAAUGAAUUUUUUCUGUCGUUCAACGGAGGAAAGGAUUGCACAGUGCUGCUUGACAUCAUAAUAAAAUUAUUACAAGAACAUGCCAGCAAAGGCUAUGAGUUGAAUUGCAUUUACAUGCAACCUGCCGAGCCGUUUGAAGAGAUCGAAGAAUUUAUGAAAUCAUGCCAGAAUCACUACCAGGUGCGGAUACGUACGAUGAGGGGAGGAAUAAAAGCAAUUUUAGAGCAAAUAUGCGACGAAAAUUCAAACAUCAAGGCAUGCAUAAUGGGAUCUCGACGAACUGAUCCGUACUGCGAUAAAUUACAACCGAUGCAGGAAACGGAUGCAGGGUGGCCAAAAUUAAUGAGAAUAAAUCCUCUUCUUUCAUGGACGUGCAAUGACAUUUGGAAAUACAUUAGGUCCAAUAAUGUUCCUUAUUGUGCCUUAUAUGACCAAGGGUAUACCUCAAUUGGCGACAAAACCAACACCAUUCCAAAUCCUUACCUUAAACGCACCGGGAACGAUGGUGAAGAGAUGUACUUAGCAGCAUUUCAACUGGAAGAAGGCGAUCAAUAUGAACGAGCCGGGCGGUUGUAAUGUUUUUUGCACAUUGUACAACAAUAGUGCACCAUUUUGGUAAAAAAGAGUGUUAACAUAGUUAACCAGGUUAACAAUAAAUAAUUUCACAGAUGAA